CGAAUUGUUUAGCGGCAUUUAUUCCAGUAAUCUACUGAAAUCGCUCGAGAAUGGCGUAUAUUCGAAAUUUUCUGAAUUCCCCAAUUGGCUGGACGCGACUUAAUGAGAAUAUCAAUGAAAUAAAGGGACUGACUAGCUGCUUUUAUUUCUUCAGCUUGAAAACGGGCUGCAAAAUGAUAGCCGUCUUCGAAGCCGUGGUAAGUGUGUUGCAAAUGUUCACCCUUCACAUGACGGAGCUGGAGAUCAAGACCACAACUACGGAGUCACCGGAUUCCCUGCUGGUCACCAGGGAACCGGACGGAGAUAUGCUAGGACCCAAUACCAUGAUGCCGAUGUUUGAAAGCAACCUCUACUUCCAAAGAGCACUGUGCUCGUUGACUGUCUUCAGAUCCUUGCUGCUUAUUAUAGGUGCUGAAUGUAGUCACCUAUCCUGUCUCGUCCUUUGGAUUUGCAUUGCGGUUAUAACCUUGUUAAUUAGCACUUGUAUUGAUAUCAUGCAAUACGGCGACCUGCCGACUCUCUUCAUUUCCACUAUUUCAAUUUUUCUUGAAAUCUAUUUCUGCGCAGUGGUUGCCUCCUUGGUUUUGAAAUUGCAGAAAAAACUUCGUCGUAACGUGGAAGAAUCGGAAGUCCUUUACACGCGCAACGAGGAAGUUUAAUUAGUGCAAGAUAAAUUAAUUAUACUUUAAAAUUUGCAAGCUCCUACUUACAAUUAUUUAAUUUUAACUUGGGUUGUUGCAUUACUAAAUAGAAAAAGCAUGUACUCAUAUAAAUUCAGAGAAAAUACACAAUACACUG